AUGAAAAUUUGGAGAGGGUUUAAAGUUUAAACUGUAUCCUUCUACAAAAACUGAACCCUAGAAAAUUCACAUCGGCACAAGAUGAGAAAAAUAAAAAAUGGCUCUCUCCUGGAGGCUUGAUACAAUAUUAGGCGGGAAAACCUUGCAUUCACCCCCGCGCUUUCAAUCUCCUUCUCCCUCUCUCCAAUAAAGCCAACUGGUCAUCUCUAAUUCUCCGUUUGCUUCCAACUAUUCUCAUUCUCUCUCUCUCUCUCUCUCUCUCUCUCUCUCUACGCUGUUCCUUUCCGGAACCCAUGGCGGAAGCUGUCGGCGGAGAGGGGUUUUCUGUGAAAAGCCAAAUUGAUGGCAACGACGGCGCCGUGGCCGUCUCGGAAAUAGAGCUAGCGCGGCAUCGGCUUCGCGAGCGAUGGGAAUUAGCGUCCGUCCUCAAUUUCUUGAAUGUUUUUGAGCCUGUUAUUGGGAUGGAUUUUAAGAUUUCAGCGGAAGAGAUUGAAACGGGACUUAUUAAGCCUAACACUUUGCUCUCUAACUUGCACAUUAAUCUGUUGAAGGGAAUACCACCUGUAAGUAAAACUUUGAAUCGUUCUGAUGUGUGGGUGACAGCACUUUGCAAGAAACUCGCUAUGUGGUGGCCAUGGGUUGCUGAGGGGGAGAUUCCACUCACGGUUGCUAAUGGAGCAGAGAUAUCCAUAUACAAAGAACUUGAUCCAACAAUUCGAUUACUGAUUCUGAAAGCACUAUGUGAAAUUCGUGCUGAUCAAGAUGAUUUAGUAUCCUACAUCAAUGAUCGACUUAAAAGUGGAACUCAUAUUUCUUGUUUCCGCAAAGAUAAGAUUGGGGGAGAUGAAAAUGGAACUAUGUUCUGGUAUGAUGGAAAUGCAGUCACUGGUCAUAGAUUGUAUAGGGAAGUUAAAAAGUUCAAAUCUCUUCGAAAAAGUAAGAAUGGAGAAUGUUUACCUCUUCAAAAGAUAUGUCAUUAUCAAUGGGAAACACUUGCCACCAAUCUUGAGGAAUUUCAUAAAGUUUCGGAUGAGUUCUCAUCAAGCAAGGACAUAAUGGAAGUUGCUGUUGGUAAGAGCAUUGAAAAUGAUGCCAUCCCUGUUCUUGAGAAACUUCAGAAGAAAAAAGAACUAGCACUGAAACGUCAACAAAGACGGGAGAUGCUUUUAAAUGGUUUCCAAAAUUCCUGUGGAACAGGGUUUACUCGUAGCUGUCGCAAUCGUAGGCCUGUUAAUUACACAUAUGAUGAGUAUGAUAGGGCCAUUAAGGAGGCUAUACAAGUAACGAUGAAAAGGAAGACUGGUGAAGUAGAGCAAAUGGAUGUAGGCAAGGAUGGUGAGCCUAAAAAAGGGAUUCAAGUUGCAUUCAACGGGGGCUCAGACUCAGACAUCCACAUAGGAGAUAGUUCAGUAGGAAAAGAAAGCUCCAGGGAAGGUUACUCUGACAAUGACAAGCUUGAAGGUGGCAGUAAUGAUGACGACAGUGAUGAUGAUUAUGAUGACAAAUGGGACAGUAACAAUGCUGGUCAGAGUGAUGCUAGCAAUUCUGAUGCUAGUAAUUCUGACAAAGAAUAUGAGAAUUCUAGCAAUAGGAGGAAUGCUUCACUUCAUUCUUCAAAGCAAGCAGCUCACCUUGCCACCAGGCCAAAGGGGAUGCGCUGGAGCAGGAGAUUAGCUGCUGGGAUCCCUAGCCAUCCAGUUAUGCAAAAUGGAAACGUGGGUGCAAAGAAUAGGUUGAGGCAAAGACCAAUUCGAAAUACUGCCCUCGAGUCUAUUGUUCUUGAUUCAGAAGAUGGAGAUUCAUCAGAAAAUAUCAGCAGCAGGAGUGUGGAUCAUGACAGCCCAUCUUUGGGUCACGAUCUUGAAGAGAUCAACAGAAAUCAAUAAGAAAAAGCUUCUAGGGGGGACAAAAAUGCAAAUCGAUCCACAAUUAAAAUACUUUUCCUUGGAUUUUGUCUUACAGCAAGGAAAGAUGCGAGACUCACCUAUGUAAAUGCAAUGUGGAAAUUGCUUUUGUUCUUAAUUAUCUCUUGGAACCAGAAACUGGAGUUUGUUUUCUGUUGCACAGUUUCUGAGAAUCGUGUUGUUUGAAUGGAGGAUGACUCCUGCAUUUUUUGAAAUUAGAAAAUUGCUUUGAUUAAGUUAGUCAAGCUUCAUCC